AUACACACAUAUCAACAAAUUGAAGGCAUACAUACCUUACGUGUAAAUAACCUUGGCAAACGAGGUAAUAGGAAAAUGAAUAAUAAUAUCAUUGUCAUAAGCUUAUGAGCUCGUUUGCUGGUGAGCAAGUGUGGAACUGAAAAUCGACAAAAUUCUACGCCGCAAAUCGAUGCACGACGUAACUCUAAGUUUGGGAAAUUAAUGAAGAAAAUCAUAUUGAUGAUUAUUAAUAAUGAUAAUAAUAACAAUCAAUAUAAUGGGUCUGUAUCGAUAAUUCUUAGUCGAAUAGAAUAGAUGAAGCUAUCAGUGUUACUUUCCCAUUCUGUCUAUUUGUAUCUAUCAUUUUUGUUUUCUGGACCAAACACUGAAUAUUCUUCUCAGAAGGAUAUACAUUCUCAUCUUCUACACUUUUGAUUUAAUGUUGUCAGUACACUAUGAAUGGAUUAAAGAGUAUUAUGUUAAAAAAGUAGAUUGUAUUAAAGAAGUAUGUUGGACUGAAUCAAAAUCUCCAUCGAACCAGCCAUGUUUUUAUUAUUGAAGAGAUAAAUAUCUAUUAUUCUUGUGAUUAUGUCCAGUCAACGUUCUCAACUGCUUAUCUCAAGUCAAUCAUUAACCACAAUGGAUACAAAUACAAAUGUGACUAACUCACCAUUGGCUUCAGUUAAUCCUACAGCAGUACCUUGUGGUCAAUGUCUUAUAACAAGUACACAAAAUAUUUUAAGUGGACAACAAAAUCAAUCCAGUGGACAUAGACCACAAUUAAGUCAUAAUAUAGCAGGUAUGCAAAAAUCAAUGCAUACAGUUGUACACGCAGCUGGUGUACCGGCUGUUAUGGAAACUUAUGUACAUGGUAAUCGUGGACUGAUUGCUCACUAUCCAUUGGGAACAAAUACAUUACAUGAAAUACAAACACUUCCACGAGUUGUCGAACAAGUUAAUACUACUACUGGUACUGGUACUGUUCAACAAUCACAAUUUGGAGCUAAUUAUCGUCCUAUAUUGAUUGCAAAUACAUCGAUAAAAGGCCAUAAUGCACCUGGAAGUAAUAGUUUACCAAAUAAUCAAACAUAUCAAAUGAUUGCUUAUCCUCGUCAAGCUUUAAAUAUAGUACAAACACAUGGGAAAAAUUCACAUGCCGUACCAAUUGGUACCAUUAAUACUACAACUGGUGCAACAAACAGUGGCAAUACUCAUAAUAAUUUGAUGUUGGCUAGUGUAAUUACACCGGAAUGCUUAACAACUGAUUCUAGCAAUAAUGCAGCUCGUAUUGCACAACUUUUAGCUCCUUCUGGAACACACCCUACUGUGGCUAACGCAGCACAUAUUGGUGGUAAUGCUCAAUUUCUUGUCUAUUAUCCUCAACAAUCAAAUACUGGCAUUAAAGUUCAUGCAAUUGGAUCACCACAGACACUCCCAACGACGGCUACUCCAACAACAACCAUUGUUCAUUCAACACAAGUCCCUUCAACAAUUAAUGUUGCCAUUGGUUCAGUUACAAGUGGUAUUUCCACUAGUGGAAUUCAUUAUACACCUGUUUCUGGUAAUCAUGUAACAUUAAAUUCAUCAAAAUUAAAUUCAUCAACAAUUAUACAAAAUGAAGAUUCAACUAAUAUCACUGCCACUACUACUAAUAAUAGCAGUGGUACUAACCAACCACAACAACCGUAUACAAUAUAUUAUGCUUUACCAACAAAUGAUUUACUACGCCAACUUAAAUUAAAUCAUCAAGCUAUUCAAAUCGAUCCGAAUGUUUCACCAAGACCACAAAUUAUUCAAACACCAGCUGGUUUGAUGCUUGUUCAAUAUCCUUCACAAUAUCAACAAUGUUCAGCAGGUAGCUCAUCACCAAGUAAACUCAAUACUGGAUCACAACAACAACAACAACAUCAACAAAUACAAAAUGAUAAUACAUUACCACGUAAUAUAAUGACAUCAACUAAGCAUAAUAUACAACAAAUAGGUGUAGUUAAUACUGGAGUACCUGUUAAUGCUUCAAUUGCUGGUACUCAUGUUGAUUCAAAUACAUUAACACGUCAUACACGUGUUGAACAUGUGCAAGGUUCCGGAUUAAUUUGCACUUGUCCACCUGAAGUUCAUCAAGCUAUAUUUGAACAACAAAAGAAACGUCAACAAAAUCAACCAUCAACAAUGAUACUGACUGGUUUAUCACCAUUAAAUAAAAUCAGUACAAUUGCAACAACCACUGGCACUAUUACUUCAACAAUGGCUAAUAACAAUAAUAGCAACGUUAAUAGUACAAUAUUUGAAGUUUCAGAAGUGGUACCAGGUAUUGUGACACGUAACUCGCCAAAUGUAACACUUGUCAAAGAAAAUGGUUUAUUAACAAGAAGUUGUACGGACAAAUUCUCUGAAGAUGAAUUAAACAAUCAAAAAAAGAAUCUUCAACAAUGUCAUCUAACUAAUUGUGCAUCUGGUACACCAAAUACAACAACAGAUACAUUGAGAAAAUCGAUACAAUCACAAAAUGUUAAUCAUAAUAGCACAAUUAAUCAUCAAUUGUCAGAUGAUAUAACUGAGAAAGAAGCUCAUGUGAAUUAUUUAGUUACUUUAUUUCAAGCAUUAAAAAGUUCUGGUGUACAAGCGGAUGCUUUCAGAGAAGCAUUUGAACGUAUUGAUUUACCAGUAACUAAUUCAAAAUUAUCUCCGAAUUCAAUAAAUCUACAUGAUAAAAAACAAAGUUUAUUAAAGACAAAACUUUAUCAAAUUGAAGAAAUGCGCAAAUCAAUAAAAUCGUUUUAUCAAAUGUUCAAUGAAUUCAAUCGAAAAUUUACAUUGGAUUUGAAUAAUUGUAAUAAAAUUGUUACAAAGUUAUCCAAUCAACAAACAUCAGUAUAUCAUACUAUACUUGAUCCAAAAUUAGAAAUUAUUCAAAAUGAACGAAGAAAUUUAGAUAGAUCAUUACAAGAAAUGUAUAAAAUUAAUACUAUUUUAAGUGAACAAUUACAUGAUCUUGAAUGUGUCAUUGAACAAACUGGUAAUGAUGUAUUACAACAUCGUUGUCGUAUUAAUUUACCAUAUGUACAAACAUUAGAGAAUAGAUUGGAUUCAAUUAAUUCAACUGUUAGUUUAGCAUGUGGUCAUUACCCAGAAAUUCAACAAAUAUUGAAUAAUCGUGAAGAAAUGGAAGUAAAAGCUAUUGAAAUUCAAAAAAGUGUACUUGAUGAUCAAUUAUAUCAAUUGAAGGAUGUCAAUGAAAAAUGUAAACGUAUUAAAGGCACAAUAUUAACUUUAAAACGGCUUGCAAUUGUAAAUAUACAAAAUCGACAACGCUCGAAUUCCCCCAGACGUUUUACUCAUCUUGGUGGUUUUGUCAAUCGAGCGGCUGCUGAUCGAGGAAGUAUUGAACGCAGUCGGUUAUAUGCUGCUGUACAAAAUAUUCAACCAGAUUCAGAGAAACGACUACAAGCAAUCAGAAAGCAGGAAAUGCUGGCUAUUCAAAAAAGACGAGUUUUCUCAAAUGAUAAUCUUUCCACGAAUAUGAUGUUAUUUACAGCGCUUGAAGGACAAAAAUCUUUACAAAAUAAAAAUAUUAUACCACCAGUUUUAGAAUCAGAUAAAAGUUCAGUACCACACAAAGAAUUUAAAACAUCAACAAUAAUAACUACAUCCACUGUUACAGUUGAUAAUAAAGAUGAAAAACGUGCACCAUUAGCUGCUUACUCAGAUGAUUCAAUUAGUUCUACAAAUACUACAAGUACAAUAGAUUCAUCUAAUAAUGAAUUGAAUAAAAUACAUCCAUCAUCUAAAGGUUUUAAUCCGGAUACGAUUACAUCAAUGAUGGAUGAAAGUAGUGAUAGUACAUUAGAAAAUGUUCAAUUAACAAUAAUGCCAACAAGUAUUCUUAAAGGUUCUACUUCUAAUCCAUUGCCUAAUUCAAAUUCUCCAAAACAGCGUAAUCGUUUAAGUAGUCGUGGAUCACGUGGUGUUAUGUUUAAUACAACAGUUACUGUAGAUGAUGGUUCUGAAGUAGUCCGUUUAAAUUGUACAUUAGAUGAUUCUGAAUUGAGUAAAAAUAAAGUACCACCAACUGAUCGAUCGAAUUCAUCACCAUUAAGUAGACUUGGUGGAAUGUCAGACAGAUUUUCUCGUUCAAAAUCACCACAUGUUAGUAAAAUUGCUACACCUAAGUCGGGACUGUCAACAGCCACUGUAAAAGGUUCUGCAACAUCAAGUAAUAAUUCAUCGGAACAAAUGUUUACUUCACAAGUUAAAGGAGAAACAAAGUCGGACACAAGUUUAAGCAAUUCGGAUUUCCCACAAACAAUCUUCAAUGUCCAAUAAACGACUACUUCCACUUCCUACAAAUAUUGAAGUUAAUGAAAAUGUAACAAGUCCAUGUGAAUGACAGAUAUUAUUACAUAAUCAUAGUUUAUUGUUCUUUCUUUUUUUUCUAAAUUAAUGAUUAUCUUCAUUAUCGAAUCAAGUAAUCAAUGGUGAUAUAGAUAUAUAGAUAUAUUACAAUCCAUCUAAAAUGAUUAAUACUGAGCUUUUUGUGUUUCAAUCCAAUUAUUAAUAAAUCAAUGCUCAAUAAUUAUUUCAUUACACAUCAUGUACAACUAACAUUUAAGAAAAAUGUUUCUAUCUUGUUUCCUUCUUUUUAGUGAUUGUUCAGUACAGAUUUUUUUUGGUGUCUUUUUUAAUUUUUAUUCAUUUUCAUCAUUUUAUUUCCCAAUUUCUCUAUCUAUCUAUCUAUCUAUCUAUCUAUCUAUCUAUCUAUCUAUCUAUCUAUCUAUCUAUCUAUCUAUCUAUCUAUCUAUCUCUUUGAACUUUACCUAUUUACUUGUACUCCUACCUCGCAAAGUGAAUAAUGUGCAAAUAAACAACAACAACAACAACAACAAAAUAAAACACCAUCAAGACUGAUGUGAAACAGGAGUUGUGAUAUAAGUGUAUUAUUAAAAUAUCAGUAUAACUGAUAGUUCAUAAUAUGAUCUUUAAAGUAUUCGUACUACAGAAUACAUAUUCAUCAUUACGAAAUCAAUUUGAAAUAUAAUCAUAUUAUUUUCUAAAGAUCUCAAUAUAAGUUAUGCUAGUCUCGGUUUAUUGUUUCUUAUGUUUUCUCAUUGUGUUUGCUUGUCUAUCUGUUACUUUGUUUUGUUUUUAUCAAUAAUCAAUUCAGAUGUUCCUUUUUUUUGUUUGUUUGUUUGUCUAAUCAAUUUCUAUUACAAUUUUUAUACAUUUACUGCUGAUUUCUUAUUAACAUUUUCUUUAAAAAAAAAUUGCCCUCCCCCUCACCCACUGUUUCUUAGUAUGGGGAUAAUAGUUAACUAAUAAUCUUAUGUAAUCAUAUAUUUUGAUUGAUUUUCUAAAUGUAUAAUCGAGUAUGUAUCUAUUGAAUGGAUGAAAUUGAUUCAAUAACAAACUGUUCCAUCAUUUCUUUUUCAUUACUUUAAAUGAAUAUUGUAAGAUUUCAAUAAGUAUUUUUGUCCAAUUUCUUCUGUUUGUUUGAUGUAUUUGGUUUGUUUGUUUUUCUUUUGAUUAUUUUAGUGUAUUUAUUUCGUGUACAUGUCAAUAAUUAUAAUGAUAGGAUAAAAUUAAGAUUUGGAAACUAAAUUUGAUUUAUUGUAUUGAACAUGAAUGGUAAGAGGUUUAAUGGUCACUUCUUACAUAAGGGACAGAAUUAUUAAAAUGCAUAUUGAAAUAUAUUCUAGAAUUAACACCACUAAAUCACAAUUAAUUGAUUAAUGGGUGGUGAACAAUAUCAUGUGUGUCAAGUUCUUCUGAAUGCAGAUCGAAUGCUAUCGACUAAAUUGCAAUAUGGCCACUAGUCUAUGUGACUCGACAUUGCAUGCACCAUGUUAAGAUAAGAUGGAGUGGUUGGAUGUAGUCAACAGG